CGGUGUGCCUGUGUGAAAUAGACAGACUCACUUCAGUUUGUUAUUUAUGCUUUAUGCAGCAACUAUUAGUCGAAAGAACCAGCACAUUAAAGGAGACGAGCACUUCAAAACCAGCUGUGUUAUGGAAGUGAACAAAAUGGACGAGAACGAGUGGAAAUAUCACGGAGAAGGGAACAAGAGUCUGGUGGUCUCUCAUGUUCAGCACUCUCAAGUUCUGCGCUUUUUAAAAUAUCCAGCUGAAGAACCUGGAAACUCCCAUAAGGCAGCAAAGGAAGCAUUUGGCCAUCUACAGAACAUUGUUGAUUUCAGUAAGAAUGUCAUGAAGCCGUUUCUGGGAGAAAACUAUGUCCAUCAUGGGGAGGUUGUACGUCUACCGUUGGAUUUUGUUAGGCAGCUCUCUUUAAAGGUUGAACAAGAAAGACCAGAAUCCCGCUGUGAUAAGGUGAUGGAUAUUUUCAGCGGCUAUGCUUUAUGCCUACCAAAUCUAACCAAACUCCAGACUUGCCAUUUCAGUGAAAGCAGGCCCCCGCUUUGUAUAGAAAUAAAGCCAAAAUGUGGUUUUCUGCCUUUUUCAAGUCAAGUCACAAAGGAUGUUAAACACAGAGUGUGUCGAUUCUGCAUGCAUCAACACCUAAAGUUAGCUAAUGGAAAGUGGAAAAGAAUGAGUCGAUACUGCCCUCUCGACCUUUUCUCGGGAAACAAACAGAGAAUGUCUUUUGCCUUAAGGAACUUGCUACAAGAGGCACAAAACAACCUGAAAAUCUUUAAGAAUGGUGAGCUAAUAUAUGGUUGUAAGGAUGACAAGGAUUGCCUGCAGGACUUGAAUGAACUCACUCAACACUUGAAACCAUACUUCUUUCCUGCCAAUGGUCUAAUCUACGGUCCACAUUGCACAAGGACUGUUAUCAAUGAACUCGUUAACGUGAUCACAACAGCAUUGCUAAGUAACUCGGGCACCUGCACGACAGGUGAAAUCAGGAGGGUGCACAUUUCAGAGGGAAGGGCCCACUCUGAUGCAAGCCACUUCCACAGAGACAUCCUAAGAAAAGGUCAUUGUGGUCUGCCUAAAGAUUGCAUUCUUUCUAAGAUUCUUCAAGCUCAGAUGCUGGAUAAUGUAGAUAUUGAAGGACUUCACCCCUUGUAUAAUCGCGUGGAACAGUAUUUGGGAGAAUUCCCUAAAGAAAGGGUCAGAUUACAGAUCGAUGGGCCGUACAACGAAAAUUGCUUUGAAAAACUGCUAAAUUCGCAAUCUGAAGAUGAUGGAACAGUUGACUACGCAGUUCGAAAGGUUCAACAGUACAGGGUAGCAAUGACGGCAAAAGACUGCUCAAUAAUGAUUGCACUUUCACCUUGUCCAGAUGAUGAACUACCGGAGCCUAAUUUAGUGAUUCAGACAUUGAAGUCCAGGUUUACUUAUUCAGUGUCCAUCCUGGACUUGGACCCUAAACCAUAUGAGAACAUUCCACAUCAGUAUAAGCUUGAUGGACAAAUAGUCAAUUUUUACUUGAAGAGCACACAGGCCAAACAAGACUCUCCAGCUCCAAAUCUCUUCAUGGAGAGUGAGGACUGCACAUUGGUUCUCCACUCAGUAUGAAUGCGUCAAGGGCGUUUUACAGCGUUUCCAUGUAAGCACGAAUUCAAAGCAGGAGGCGUUUCCAUUGCAGUGGUAAUGGAGGAUGUCUUGAUGAGCUUAUGUUAUUUCGUUUUGGUUCAACGAUAUGCCAUAUGGUUUGGUGUGAAGAAAGGUGCAGCGAUAGGAUUCUAUAUACUAUAGUAUACAUUAGAUGGUGUAUAUACUAUGGUAUACAUUUCUGCCAAGUCUUGCAGUGACAAAUCUAAGUUCAAAGUUUGAUAUGCUUGAGACACUUUACAAAUGGCAGCUUGCAGAAAGUUUUGGAGCUGCAAGAAAAUUAUUUCUUAAUUAGAAUCAUAUAUAUAAAUUAAAAAGCACAGUAAGCACUGUCCAUUAAUUGUCAUUAACUUAAUAUAUAUAUUACAAAGGACGUAGAAUGCAGUUAUUAGAUUAUGGCUUGUUCUGUUUCUCUCUACAAAAUGUAGUCAUAUUUCAAUUUCUAAUAUCAAUUUCAAUUGUGAUUUUUACCUCCUGUAUUAGGAACAGUAGAUUAGUGAAUGGUAUACCCUGCAAACGAAAAGCAAAAGCUUACUUGGAUUUCAGGGUUCCUCAUAACUUAAUUAGUCCAGUUCAUUUCAUAAAUUAAACCAAACUAAGUGAUAAAUUAGCGUGGACAUUUUUGACUAUGCUUACACCUUAUUUGUGGCAUUCACAGAUAACAAAUCACUAACCUCUUGCUGCAAUGUAAAGUUUGCUUAAUUUAGCUUUUUUUUUGAUAAAGGACAGUAUUUUCUAUUCAAUUUUUUACUGCAAAAAUAUUCAAAAUCCUUUUUUUUUUUGUUGUCUUCAAUUUUUGGGAGAACACUGGUUCUACUGGUUACUUGACAAAACCUAUUUUAGUCCAUGUAGAUCUGAAAUGCAAGACAUCUGGUUGUUAGAUAUAAAGGAAUCUCAUGGGCACCUGGGCGACCAGUAUAUCCUGAACAGUGAGAAUUAAAGGUAAUAAUUUCCAUCUUCAGAAAAGUAGCCUGUUGUGAAUGGUGUUGGGUGUCUCACUUGCUGUAACACUAACAAUCAAGCAACUGAUUUCCUUGCAAGAAUAAUUCUGAACCCAAGGAGCAUGAAAAAGCAUUCAAAGUGAUUCCCUUAAUUUAAUGCUUUGCUCAUUUCACAUGAAUUUAACCCUGAGUGAAUUCUCCUAAUUUGUGGCUCCUGAUCCAUUUCAGUAUAUUUUCAGGGACAGGAUUUCUGAUGUGACACUAAAUUGAAGCAUUUAAAUGAUGACUGUGUGAUGAGAAGUCUAGCACAGGGGUAGGCAGCCCUGGCCAUGCUGUUCCAUUCCAGGGUUAAUAGGUAGAAUUAAUUUAUUUAGUCAGGGGGUUUUAUUACUUCAUUUUAAUCAUUUAAGAUGUGGUUGGAACAAAGACCUAGACUUGAAAGUGCCAACAUUGCCUACUCCUGGUCUAAGAAAGCAAAGAUAGUUAUACACAUCAAACACCCAUGUAUGUUAACAACCUCUUCACACUAACUAAAUAGUGCACAAUCGUCAAGUUUAAAAAAUAAAAUAAGUUGACGAUUACCUGGUUUGAGUGUUUCACACGCUGUUUAGAGAGGGUGAAAUAAAAGAAAACAGAUCUAAUUGAACUGUAAAUAACGGUGAAACCUGAAUGGUUCACUAAACCAGAUUUGCCCUGUAUAUUUUGAAGAAAUCAGUUAUGGGUGUUUUUGUUAACAGUUAAGCUGUGUCAUGUUGCCUUGACCAGGUUUUCAUUUAUUAAUAGCUGGAUAUUAAGUCAUUUAGAGCUUAUGUUAAGCAAAAAACCUUGAAGGAAUUUGAGGCUUUUGCGGGUGACAAAAAUAUCUACCUAACUAAAAAACUGCUGCUAAUUCAGAUAUCUUUCUCUGGUAAUCUUAGUGACAGUGUGGGCUGUGACCUCAUAGGAAAUUUUUUAAAGAUUCAAAUAUGUUUUGGUAUUUUAUUGUUUGUUUAAAAUAGUACACUUCAUUUAAAAUAACUCUGAUUAACUCUUUAAACACUGCAGACUUGUAAUGAGAGGUCUAGGAAAGAUAACAGCUGACCACUUUCUGUAAAGUUACUUAGUGGCAGAUUCCAUAAAGAAAAAAAGGUAGCUUUUUUUGCUGUUUUAUGGUGCUAUGCAAACUUCCAGACACCCCUGAACAAAUCACAGAAUGAGCAGGUGUCAAAAUGAACUGUGCCUCUGAAAAGUUUGAUUGAAUGUAGCCAUAGAUCAGGGAAAUUAUAAAAUGCUGAAAGUUUUAACACAGGGACUCAAAUAUGACCACUUUGCCAAAAGAGAACUGUCACUGUUUUAAAUUUGGCUUACACCAAUCACAACUGUAUUCCACUUCAAGCAACUGCCAUGAAUCUGUAUUGUUAACAAGUGUUUUAAAAAAAUAAGAAAUAAAAUGCAGAAAUAAUAAAAUAAGCAUCUUAACUUCUCACUGUAGUGGAUUCCAGGAUCUGAAAUGUGCAUGAAGCAGCAUGUCACCUAGGCAAGUAUUUAAUAAUUAGUUAUUGCCACAAUUAAAUCCAAGGGAUAUAUAUUACUGAUAUUCAACUGCAGAUUAGGAUUUGUUUAUCCUCCAGCUAGAAAGAUAUAUCAAAGCAUCAUACAAUUUCCCGUUUAAACCAAACUAGCACAGGAGCUGGAUUCAAUUUACUAAAAACCUCCAGCAAUAAUCCUACUCUAUUAAACCUUGUAACAUAUGCCAUCACUUCAUCAAAGACUGAAAAACCAGGUAACUAACCCUGGGCUGAUUAACUAUAAAUAAUAGGUUAGAUUUAAAAAGAGGCAUUUUUUAAGAUACUUAAUGGAAAAAAAAAAAAAAAAAAGAUACUAGCUGGGAUGGUUUGGGGAACCAUUACAUAAACCAAUCCUCUUUGUGCUAGAAUAAUUCAUAUACCAUUUAACAGUUAUGCAAACUUUUUUUUUUUCAUUCAUUCUUCUUACCAAAGGUUGAAGUGCUCAGUUUGAAGGAAAGAGACAUGAGUUAAUGGCAUUCACUCAUUUUGGCAGUAAUAACAAGCAGCAAAUGAAAAAGACUUUCUUUAGACCUAGCAAAGUGGAUGACCAACAGGACAGGAUUAUCUUACUCUAAAUGCAUCAGUGUAGUCUGCUGGGGAUACAACAAUCAUUCACGAAAGAUCUGUGUUGGCUAGAAACCAACCUAACUUCAGAUUUUCAGUUCUACUGGUUUUUUUUUUUUUUUUUUUUGUUUCAUUUUAUUUAUUUAUUUUUUAUAUUGACCUUGGAAAGGAAACUGCCACUGUUUUUUUAUGGCAGUAUUAUGAAAUAACGCUUUAUUGUUUGAAAUAUCACAAAUAGAAC